CGCUGCCGCCAUUAAUGGCGAGGCGGUCGGCAGCCCUGGCGUGAUGUUUGGUAAGGACGUUUACCUCCGCACCGCAGAGGUCGGGUACUAGCUAGGCGAGGGAUACCGGAAUAAAGACAUCAUGUCCAAGGCUAUCCUGGCUUUCGUCGAGUGGGUAUGGCAGACGUUCGGUAUCCUAAUCCGCAUUAAUGCCGAGACCUACAAGUUCAAUGCUGCAAGCGGGAAGGACCUGGAGAGGGCUGGCUUCAGGUGUGAAGGCGGAAGGCCAGACGCAGUCGUUAAGAACGGUGUCAUAUCGGCGACAUUGAUGUAGGGAGCUUUGAGGCAAGAGAGGUACAAAAAGCGAAUAUCUUGAUUGGAGCAUCAAGGCAGGCGGGUCACUUGGUCAGACUCGUUGGUGGGAAGCCGAUUGCAUUGAAGAACCCCAACGCCCCCUGUAUCAUUCCCAGAUGCUCGAGUUUAGCUUUGAUCUCCAUAAGCAUUGUUACCCACGUAGGUAAAAGAAUGAGAGUGUAUGAAGACAGCGGCUAACGAAGCAGAAUGAAAUCGAUAAUUAUAUAGACCCC